CAACCCUCUCCGCUCAAACUUCACUUUCGUUAAGAGAGACAGAUAAAGAGAGAGAAUCGUCUGUCUCUUCAUACUCGACUCACUCGUAAGUAAAUUCUGAAGCCCUAAUAAUGGCGAUGUCUCAAUCUAUUGGGAAAAAGGAUGACGAUCGUGAUGAUGAAGGGGAAUAUUCUCCUUUCCUUGGGAUUGAAAAGGGUGCAGUUCUUCAGGAAGCUAGGGUUUUCAAUGAUUCUCAGCUUGAUCCAAGAAGAUGCUCUCAGGUCAUCACGAAACUAUUGUAUCUACUAAAUCAAGGAGAAACACUUACAAAGGCUGAAGCUACAGGAGUGUUCUUCUCGGUUACUAAGCUAUUUCAGUCCAAGGAUUUGGUACUUAGGAGGAUGGUUUAUUUGAUUAUCAAGGAACUGUCCCCUUCUUCUGAUGAAGUAAUCAUUGUUACAAGCUCGUUAAUGAAAGAUAUGAAUAGCAAGACCGACAUGUAUAGGGCCAAUGCUAUACGUGUUCUUUCUAGAAUUAUCGAUGGGACUCUUCUCACUCAAAUAGAAAGGUAUUUGAAACAAGCAAUUGUUGACAAGAACCCUGUCGUUGCUAGUGCUGCUCUUGUUAGUGGAAUUCACUUACUGCAGACGAAUCCUGAGAUUGUGAAAAGGUGGAGCAAUGAGGUACAAGAAGCAGUUCAAUCAAGGGCUGCUCUUGUACAGUUUCAUGCAUUGGCUCUCCUUCACCAGAUACGGCAAAAUGACAGGCUUGCUGUUAGCAAACUAGUUACCAGCUUAACAAGAGGAACUGUUAGGUCACCGCUGGCUCAAUGCCUCUUGAUUCGGUACACUAGCCAGGUUAUACGUGAGUCAGGCAUCUCACAAACUGGAGAUCGUCCUUUUUAUGAUUAUUUGGAUGGUUGUCUGCGACAUAAAGCAGAAAUGGUGAUAUUUGAAGCUGCUAGGGCAAUUACGGAGCUUAAUGGUGUGACCAGCCGUGAACUGACUCCUGCCAUCACUGUCCUACAGCUUUUCUUAAGUUCAUCUAAGCCAGUUCUAAGAUUUGCUGCUGUUCGUACUCUAAACAAGGUUGCAAUGACACACCCAAUGGUGGUUACAAAUUGCAACAUAGAUAUGGAGAGCUUAAUUUCAGAUCAGAACAGAAGCAUUGCUACGCUAGCCAUAACUACACUUUUGAAGACAGGGAAUGAGUCAAGUGUAGAUCGCCUGAUGAAACAAAUAACGAAUUUUAUGUCUGAUAUCGCCGACGAGUUCAAGAUUGUGGUGGUGGAAGCAAUUCGUUCUCUAUGUCUUAAAUUUCCACUUAAAUAUAGAGCAUUGAUGAACUUCUUAAGCAACAUUCUUAGGGAAGAAGGAGGGUUUGAUUAUAAAAAAGCAAUCGUUGACUCUAUUGUAAUUCUUAUACGAGAUAUACCAGAUGCCAAAGAGAGUGGGCUAUUUCAUCUCUGUGAAUUUAUUGAGGAUUGUGAAUUCACUUAUCUUUCGACUCAGAUACUGCAUUUUUUGGGGAACGAAGGGCCAAAGACAUCAGAUCCUAGUAAAUACAUCAGGUAUAUCAAUAAUCGGGUUAUUCUGGAGAAUGCAACUGUACGAGCUUGUGCUGUCAGUACAUUGGCAAAGUUUUGUGCAACCGUUGAUUCUUUGAAGCCUCGUAUUCUCGUUCUGUUGAGAAGGUGCCUCUAUGACAAUGAUGAUGAGGUUCGUGAUAGGGCAACUCUCUAUCUGAGUAUUCUUGGAGAUGAUGGAUCUGUUGGUGAAACUGAUGAGAAUAAGAAGGAAUUCGUCUUCGGCUCGUUGGACAUCCCCUUGGUCAAUCUCGAGUCAAGUUUAAGGAACUAUGAGCCCACAGAAGAACCAUUCAACAUUAAUUUCGUACCCAAGGAGGUCAAAUCUCAGUCGUUAGCUGAGAAAAAAGCUCCUGGUAAAAAAGCAACUGGUUUGGGUGCUGCUCCUAGUGGUCCGCCGUCCACUGUUGAUGCAUACGAGAAGAUGCUUUCCUCUAUUCCAGAGUUUUCACAUUUUGGAAAGCUUUUCAAGAGUUCUGCUCCUGUGGAGCUUACAGAAGCUGAAACAGAAUAUUCUGUCAAUGUUGUUAAGCAUAUCUUCGAUGGGAAUGUUGUGUUCCAGUUUAACUGCACAAACACUAUCCCGGAGCAGCUUUUGGAAAAUGUCACUGUUAUUAUGGAUGCUUCUGAAGCGGAGGAUUUCUCCGAAGUGUCAUUAAAGCCUUUGGCAUCCCUACCUUAUGAUUUUCCUGGUCAAACUUUUGUAGCCUUUGAGAAGCCAGAAGGCGUGGUGGUUGGGAAAUUUGCAAACACACUGCGGUUCAUUGUUAAAGAGGUUGACCCAAGUACUGGUGAAGCAGAGGAUGAUGGUGUUGAAGAUGAGUACCAACUAGAAGAUCUUGAGGUUGGUUCAGCUGAUUUCAUGUUGAAAGUUGUGGUUUCUAAUUUUAGAAAUGCAUGGGAAAGUAUGGGAGACGAAUAUGAGAAGGUGGAUGAGUAUGGUCUUGGUGUGAGGGAGAGCUUGGCAGAAGCUGUGAAUGCAGUCAUUAACAUUCUUGGGAUGCAGCCUUGCGAGGGCACAGAAGUCGUUGCAAGCAAUUCCAGGUCACACACAUGUUUACUAUCUGGUGAAUUCGUAGGUAAUAUUAGGGUGCUUGUUCGAUUAUCAUUUGGUAUUGAAGGGCCCAAACAAGUAGCCAUGAAGCUUGCUGUUAGAUCAGAAGACCAAGCUGUCUGUGAAGCUAUUCAUGAGAUCGUGGCCAGCGGCUAAUUUUCUGGUUCAAUGAAGAGAGGAAAGUCUGGCCAGUUGACGAAGUCCAUUGGGUUCUACACCGCCCUUAAUGUUAGACGAAGAGAAUGCACAUUUUAAGUUGGAAAAUAGGGUUUGAGAUAGACCACAUUUUGUGUCUUCAUUUUGUUUAUCUUAAACUGUUGAUGUAGUUUGGCGCACUAGACUACAAUACCCGGUGGUGAAAGGAGAGUCUACUCGGUGUGCAUACAUAAUUCUAUUUGAUCUGUAAACUGCCUGUGUUUUUGUUUUUCGGAUCAGAGAUAGCUGAUUGCUUCUCUGAAUCACUUCUUACUAGGGAAUUGUUUUCCAUAGAAAACUACCUUGUGUUCUGUUUUAUUGUAAAGUAGACUUUGGGCUGGUAGUGUUAGGCAUAAUGAAAUAUAUUCUAUCGUAAUUUUUGGUUA